AUGGCCGAAGCCCACACCUACGAGUUCAACGUCACCAUGAGCUGCGGCGGCUGCUCUGGCGCUAUUGACCGCGUCCUCAAGAAGCUCGACGGCGUCGACAGCUACGAGGUCUCCCUCGAGAACCAGACCGCCAAGGUCGUCACCGCCCUGCCCUACGAGACCGUCCUCACCAAGAUUGCCAAGACUGGCAAGAAGAUCAACUCGGCCACCGCCGACGGUGUUGAGCAGUCGAUCGAGGUCCCCGCCGCUGCCUGA